AUGGCGAAGAGCGCGCGAUCGAGUUCGCUCAAGACGAACAACCAGAGGCUCAAGAAGGAUGUCUUUGGGCCGGUUGAGACAGCGCGCACAAACCGCCUCUCUGCAAAACUCCUAGAGCUCGCCGCCCAGCCAAAGCCGAUACGAGAGGUCGAAAUGGAGGAGGCCGCGGUUGAGGAGCCAGUUGAAGAAGUCAAGGAGACCGCCAUGGAGGUCGACUCGAGCGCAAAGGCAACUGGCAAGAAGCUAGCAGAUGGAAAGAAGAGAAUUGAGAAGCGGAGGAAGUCUAAGAUUGUAUUCUCUAAGUUUGGCGACCGCAAGAGCCUCAAGAGCCUGAAGAAGAAGAAAUGA